GAGAGAGAGAGAGAGAGAGAGAGAGAGAGUCGGCAAGCCUUAUCUUUGAGUCAGCAGUAACUGAUCACGUCAGUGUGGGAGGAAGGAGAACAGAUUGAUUUGUGGGAUACAGUCAGCGGCCUUUCGUUUGGUUUGUCCAAAUUCCUCUGUUCAUUAACAGUGGCUGUGAAGACAAGACAGAGAGAAAAAGAGGAGGGUGAAGAUAAGUGUCAAUCUGUUCAGACUUGUUUGGGAAUUUGAGCAGGGAAGGAGGGAGGAGGGGUGAAACAGCAAGAGAGAGAAGGAGAGAGAGAAGAGCAGAGGGGAGAGGUUGAGGCGUAAACAUUCGUUUUUUAGAGGGACAGACAGAUUGAGAAGAAUACAGAUGCAAAGAGAGACAGAGGGUCAGGAUUGGAUUAAAGUUUAAUAGAACUUUGAAAUCCUUGUUAGUUCACACUACUGAAUUAACUGAAAGCUGAAGAGAGACUAGACCGCCCCGGCAUACUAACCUCAUGUUCUGAAAAAAGUAUGUUACCAUGGGGACCAAACGCCCCAGUCUGAAUCCCUUUGACAUAUUUAAUCCAUCCAAUCAAAGCGCUUCCGACCGGAACCCUCAGCCAAACAGCCAGAUCUCCCGCGAAACAAGUCCCAGACCUGAAACUAUGGCCCGGACAGACAGAGAGAGGGAGAGGAUCAGAGAACAGGAAUGGAGGAGAGAAAGAGAAAUGGAGAGAUUGAAGGACAAAACAAGAAAUAGAAGAAAAGAGAUGGAACCUGGACCAAGAGAGAGGAACAGAGAGAAGGACUGUGCCCACAUAUCCAGAGGGAGGGAGGAGGAAAGGGAAUGGAGAGAGAGAGGAAGGGGGAGAGCGGGAGAGAGACGUGCCAACGGAAGACCUACUUCAAAUAUGGAGAUCGGGAACGACAGAGACAGAGAAAAGGAGAGAAAGAAAGGAGACACGUUUCCUAGAAUGACAAGAAAUAGCAACGAGAGAGACAGAAGAAUGAGUGCAUUUGUGGAGGAAGAUGUGGGGAAAGAAGGAACGAGACAAUUGGAGAGACAGAAGGGAACAGAGAUGGACGACAGGGAGAGAGAACGAGAGAAAGCAGCACAGAUACAGCGGUAUCGAGACGCAGAGAGGGACUUACAAAGAUACAGAGAGAGGGAGAGAAUAAGGGCAAAGGAGGAGGGAGAUAAAAAUGGAGGGAGGCCCAUGGAUGAUAAGACAGUGAGACGGAGGGAGAGAGAGAGGGAAGCGGACCCAGAUUUCAGAGAAAGGAGGAGAGAGAGGGACUCAAAGGGCAAUGACCUAUGGAGCAAAAGAGAGAGGUAUAUGGAUGGAGAGAGAGAAAGGCCAAAACUCUGGCAGGGAGAAAGGGAAGUUAGAGGGAGAGAGGGAGAUUCACAGAACUAUUCGGAUAGAGAGUGCAGGGAUGGAAGGAGGGAAGGAAAUAGAGAGGGACAGAGGGACACCAGGAGCGAGGGAGACAGUGAUGGAGAGAAGUGGAAAGAGAGAGUGAGGGAUGACAACAGAAGAGAACUGAAACAUCUGCACAGUAAAAGUGAGGGGGACAAUGAGGGGAACACAGCAUGGGAUAGAGUGAGGGAGAAAGAGAAGGAGAGACAGAAAUGGAGAGGGGGGGAGAUGUACAGAGAGAGGGAUGGAGGGAGAGAUGCUUAUAGACAGAGAGUGAGGGACGGGGGCAGGAACAGGGAUGGAGAGAGGGACAUGGAGAAAUACAGAGAGAGGGACAGGAGAAAAGCGAGGGAAGUGGAGAGAGAGAGGGAUGGGGUGAGAGAAGGGGGCAGGCGAGAGGACGGACCAAGGGAAAGGAGGGACCCGGAGAAAGAGAGGGAGGGAACACAGCCUAAUGUAACAGGAAAGAGAGGGAAGCAGAUGGACGGAGAGAGAUUCAGAGAGAGGGACAGAUAUUACAAGGGGGAGGAUGAAGAGAGGAGGCGCAGGGAGAAGAGAGACAGAGAGACAGAUCCCAAAAGGGAGGGAGGAGCAGACAGAGGUAGCCGAUCGCAGAGUGAGACAGUCCCAAGGGUGCCACCACAAGUCCAGAGCAGCGGAGAAUGGAGCAGUGACAUAGAGUUGGAAAGAAACUGGAGAAGAGGAAGAAACAGUCAUGAAGAGAAAGAGUCAGAGGGAGAGAAGGAUGUGGACAGGGGGCAGAGGGAGCGUAGCGAUAGAGUGAAGGGUAGAGAAGGAAGAGAGGAGGAGACGAAGCGCCCUGAGCAGCGGAAGAUGUGGUUAGAACCACAGAGGGUCAGAUAUAACAAAGACUCCUCUGUAGAGGAUGAGGUUAUAGAGAGAGAACGAGAUAGGCACACUAACAGAUGUAGAGAGAGAAGUGAAGAAGAGGACAGAUCCAUGGAACAAAGGACAGGCAGAGAAAAAGAAAGGAAGACAGAGGGAGAUGGACAAGAGGAUAGGUCAGCGGAACAAACAAUGUCCAUAAACGGAGAGAGAGAAACUGAGAGGGAGGGAGGGAGAGAAAGGUAUUUGGAGCGAGGGACAGGGGGAGAAACAGAGAUAGAGUUAAAUGUAGAUGAAAACGAUGAGACAGAAGCCUGGAGAAGGAGUGAUAGCAGAGGAGAGGAACACCAGACUUAUAGCGAUGGAGAGAGAGAGGAACGCUGGCAGAGGGACAGGGAGACAGAGAGAGAGAAUGUGACAGAGGGUGACAGAGAGGAAGAAGGAGGAAGUGAUAGAUAUGCACACUCCGAGCGCGAGGGAGGAAGUGAGAGAGAGCGGGAAGGAGAGAGGGAUAGAAUCCCUUCCUAUGAGGACGGCUUUAUCACUGUGUCCAGCGGAGGAGAAGAGGAGUUUGAGGACUGCAAGGAAUUCUUGGAAGUUGGGGUUGCUAAUCAUGUUGCCAGGCAACCUGUUGGCUUUCAGGGGAGCGAGGGAGAGAUGGAGAGAGGUGGAGGGAGAAGACAUGAAAGAGAGAGAGAAAUAACAGAAGAACGGACAGAGCAAAAGGAAGAUGCAGUGGAGGGAGAGGUGAAUGACGGAAAGGGGAAGAAGCAACCCACCUACGUGUUCUGUGUGAUUGGACAAACACUGCCCAGGUCAAUACCCAAUCAGACAGAGGUCCUGGGUGACGUGGAAUCAGAGCCGACCAAUCAAAAUCCUGGAUAUGGUCAUGACAGUAGUGACAUUACACACCUCCCUCAUGAUGACCCUUCCAGAGAUGGAGACCAAGGGGCAGAGGAUGAGAGAAAAAGAGUGAGGGAAGAGAUCCACGUGCCAAAUGAGGAGAGAACAGACACAGAAGAGAGCUCCAUAGUGGACGUCAGUCACGCCACCCUAAAACGAGAGAGCGAAGAACGACUGAAGGUCAUGGAGGAGAACCCAUACGCUGAGAUAGACCGAAGGAGGAACUCUGAGACCGAAAAACUCCUCAAAGAGUGGAGAGAAAGACAUAAAGAGUACACAGACACAAGAGAGAGGGACCCAACAGACAGAAGGAGGACAGAACCAGAGAUGGGUCCAUCUUCACACCCCAGUGGAGGGUACCACCAGCAUGGGAUCUCUGUAGUUGACCAAGUCACCUCUGACCAGAAUAACCCUGGAGUGAUGAGCCCAGAGGAAGCUGUGGCCUUCCAGAUCCGUAUAAGUGGAGCCUGGAGCACAGAAGAGGAGGCCAAGCGCCACUCCCAGGCCUCACACAUGAAGUGGGCCAAGAAUGUAUUGAGCGAGAUCCUUGGCAGCUCAGAGGAACACGCCCUCGGCGACCCCCAGCCAGAGUCACAGGGAGGUCAAGAGGUCAGCCAGACUGAGAGAGGGACCGAGAGGGUAGAAGAGGAGAUAGAGGAAGAAAAGGACGAGACGCCAGAGGGGGGAGGAGCAUCACCCGUCUACGCCACGGUUCAUAAGCAGACGAAGUGUGGUAGGAAGUCGGUGGAGGCGCAGCUGUCUGAGCGGGAGGCAGAGCCAGGGAAGGUGGAGGAUGAGAGAGGUACAUGGGAGAAACUAGCAGACAUGCAUGCUGAGGCUCUCAAUGCUAUGCUUGGUGAUGGCGCACCCACAGACACGCAUGCUGCCAUAACCCUAGACACUACUCAUGGAGACACACCUACAGACAGACAGGGAGAGGAGGUGGAGGGUAACAAUGUGUGUACGGACAGACAAACAGACAGUCAUAUACAUAUCCAGGUAGAGAUGGUGACAGAGGAUGAGGGUGAGAUGGAGAAAGGGGGUGAAGUUGGGGACGAGGUUCAUAUACUGGAUGCAGAGAAAGAAGCGCAUGCCCAGAAAGAGGAAGAUCUGUUUCUCUCUGUGAGCAACACCCUGUACAAACCAACCAGCUGCCCCAGCCUUAUAUACAACCCUGACUCAGAACAACCUAUUACCACCAUAGAGGAAAAUAUGGAGGAAGAAGGGGAGAAAGAGAGGACUGUGGGAGAGGGGGAAGAGAAUAGUGUGGUAGAGGGGAAGCAGGAAAGGAGGAUAGAGGAUGGGGCCGAGGACUGGGGGAAAUUGGGAGAAGUGACUGAGGAGAGGAAACUGGAAGGGGAGUCAGAGAAGAGGGAAGGAGGGGAGGAGGGCAAGGAAGAGAGUAAAACAACGGGAGGUGGGGGGGUGAAGAGCACUUGUAGUUUCCAAGAUUUGGGCACCGAUGUUCAGUAUAGGAGGCGGGGGUUCCGCAAGACAACAGAGAGAAGAAACGAGGAAGAAGAAGGAGGAGGAGUUGCGAGGGAUCGCAGAACGAGAAUAUUCCACGCAUCAGUUGAUGAUGAGGAGGAGGUGAGCUUCAACUGGGGAGACGUGGACCUGAGGAAUGUCACGAAUACCAUCGAAAUGACUAGGAGGAACUCCAAAUUUUACAAUUCCCAGCUCUACCAGCAGUACAGUGAGACGGCUCAGAACAGGGAGAUCCUCAGUCAGUCUUGCUCUGACGCCCUCUCCAUCUACGAGGUGCUCCCUGUCCCCCUGUCCCCCGUACCCUCCUCCCUGGCCCCCUCGCUCCCUCCUGCCCGCAGACCCUUACCCUGUCUCCCCCCAGUCAUCCACCCCCACUCUCUGUCCCACUCUGGCUCUACAUCCAGUGGCACCAGCGCCAAGUUCCUGCCCCUACCACAGCCGCCCCAGGCCCGCCUGGCCCCCCCGGCCAGGCCUUCCUCUCCUCGCCUCUCCAUCUCCCUCACCCUGUGGCAGGAGAUCCCUGAGGUCAGGAACAGUGCUGAGUUUGGGGAGCUGACUGACGACCAGAGACGCCUGCAGGAGGUGCAGUUUGAGGUUGUAACUUCGGAAGCGUCGUACUGUCGUAGUCUGGACAUCGUGGUGGACCACUUUGUCAAGUCUAAGCCGCUCGGUGAGUUGUUGACUACUCAGGACAGGAACUGGCUAUUCUCCAGGCUGGCCGACGUCCGAGCCAUCAGCCACAGUUUUCUGUUGAAGCUGGAAGAGAGGGUGGAAUCUGAUAUGAUGCAUUUCACCGUGUGCGACAUCAUCGCUCGCCACUGUCAACGCUUCAAGAAAGUCUACGUGCCCUACCUCACCAACCAAUCAUAUCAGGAUGCCACUUACCAGAGACUCAUGGAUGAGAACCAAGGGUUCAGGCGGGUAGUGGAGAAGUUGGAACGCAGUGCAGUGUGUCAGCGUCUUCCUCUUCGCUCCUUCCUCAUCCUCCCCUUCCAGAGGAUCACACGAAUCAAGCUCCUUGUGCAGAACAUUGUGAAGAGAACAGCCCAAGACACAGAGGAGGAGGUCCAGGCCAUCAAAGCUAUGAAGCUACUGGAGAGGUUGAUCCAGGAGAGCAAUGACAGUAUUACUCAGAUGAAGAGCAUUGAGUCGCUGGUCUCUCUCAGUGCCAGAGUGGACUUUGAAUGCAGGACUCUCCCCCUGGUCAGUCAGUCUCGUAGGCUGGUGAGAGAGGGACCAGUGACUGAGAUGAUGGAUUUCUCUCUGAGGGAGACAGAGAGGAGUGUCUACCUGCACCUCUUCAAUGACUACCUGCUGCUGUCGCUGCACAAAGAAGGGGGCAGGUUCACAGUGAUAGACCAUGCUCCAGUGUCAGAGCUGCGUGCUGAGAACUGUCGGGUCAAACUGCACUCUCUUCAGAAGAACCUGUUCCGCCUCUACCUCAACAAGAAAGCCCUGCUACUUAGCACCGACACACAAGGUGACAAACUGCGUUGGAUCUCAGCUGUCUCCAGGCCCCAUCCUGUUAUUGACUACUCUGCAGCACAAGACUUCACACAGAUGCAGUGCAUCCGAGCCUUCGUUGCCCACCAACCAGACGAGCUGUCCCUGGAGAAGGCUGAGGUCAUUCUGGUCCACCAGCAGAGCAGCGACGGUUGGGUGGAGGGGACCAGGCUGUCAGACAGACACAGAGGAUGGACUCCUGAGUCCCAUUUGGAAACCAUAGCCAGCCUCAGGGUCCGACAGCGCAACCUGCUGGACGCUCUCAAAAUUACCACAGCCACGGCUGCAAUAUGACCAACCAACCACUGCCUGACUGCACUGGGCGAAUCCCAGUCACUGUGUAUCAAUGGAGUGGAGUUACUGUGGUCCUGUGGAUUUGGACAAUGGAUGAAACAUAGUGUUUCAGACUGGAGUUGUCCCUCCCGGCCUCACCCUGCUUAUUGGGGAUGAACGGCAAGGGGAGGAAUGGCUUUAGAGGGGGUGCCUUAGACGGGGUGCCUUAGAGAGAGGCACUGGACUGACAUGAAUACCUGUAACACUUACAGGAGUGCCAACGUAAAUAGUUGGAAGGCUUUUGGAGGUGCCUGGGAGUGUCUAGGGUAGCCUUGUAAAUCAAACCCUGGCAAUGAAAGUCGAUGGACUGCUACAGGCUGUAUUGGAAAUCAGCCAUCUAAGACUGUAAAGACAUGGUAUGAUCAGUGGAGUGUUUUGCAAUAGAGGUUAUAUUAAAGGGAAAUUUGUCUUUAAACAAAAUGUUUCUAUAUAUUCAGGGCAAUGUAUUAUUUGUGUAUAUUACAAAGAUUUUCAUAAAUUACUUUUAUGGUGGGUACUUAUUGGCUGACGACUCAAACUGAAUUAUUCCACUGCUCUAUGUUCGCUACAUACUUCAGUCUAAGACUGCCAUUGUUG